UAAAAAAUAAACAAAGAAUAGUUGCUUAACAUGGCAGCUCAGUACCAGAUUCCCCCUGCCUUUUCAUGCCACUUUCAUCUCUAACAUUCCACACUAUCUCUCUCGCAAUCUCUCUCUCUCAAUCUCUCGCUCUCUCUCCGAAAUGAAACUCACAAGACUACUCACACAUCUCAAGCCCUACAAUUCACCCCCAAGCAAUUACACACAUCAUCUCAUCUCUAUAAUUCAACCUCCAUUACACAAUCACUCACUCUCUCCCUCUCCGAACCCUAAUUUCACGCUUCCCAAGAGAUGGCACGGCGGUCACUCUCACCACGAUCACCGGCGCCGAUCGGAGGAAGGCGAGAAGAUUUUCCGGCUCGGACUCGCCGCUGAUAUCGGAUUAGCUGCCGGUAAAGCAUUGACCGGUUAUGUCUCUGGGAGUACCGCGAUUAUCGCUGAUGCAGCUCAUUCUCUGUCUGAUGUGGUUCUUAGCGGUGUUGCUUUGCUGUCAUAUAAAGCUGCAAUGGUUCCCAAGGACAAAGAACACCCAUAUGGCCAUGGAAAAUUCGAAUCAUUAGGAGCACUUGGAAUUUCUAGUGUGCUCUUGGCAACUGGUGGAGCUAUUGCAUGGCAUGCAGUUGAUAUUUUAGCGGGACUGUUAGUAGCAGCACCACAAAUAAUUGAUCCGUCGGCUUAUCCACACAUGCAGAGCCAUAGUUCUGGUGGACAUCAUCAUGGAAUUGACAUGAGUCACCCUGUGUUAGCCUUAAGUACAAUGAUAGUAUCAAUUUCAGUUAAAGAAGGGCUAUACUGGAUAACGAAGAGAGCAGGGGAAAAGUCAGGUAGUGGGUUGAUGAAAGCAAAUGCUUGGCAUCAUCGUGCAGAUGCUGUAUCAUCCAUAGUUGCUCUCAUUGGGGUUGGAGGAUCAAUUAUUGGGGUGAAGUUCCUGGAUCCUCUUGCUGGACUUGUUGUCUCAGGCAUGAUCCUAAAAGCUGGACUGGAAACUGGUUAUGCGAGUGUAUUGGAACUGGUGGAUGCUGCAGUCCCAGCGCAACUUUUGGAUCCUUAUAGGCAAACAAUUAAACAAGUUGAGGAAGUAAAGGGAUGCAAUCAUUUAAGGGGAAGAAGAGCUGGUUCAUCACUGCAUCUUGAUGUAAAUAUUGAGGUUGAUCCAUUCUCGAGCGUUAGUGCUGCACAUGAGAUUGAGGAAAAUGUUCGCCGUGCGAUUCUAGAGUCUCAUCCUGAAGUUGCUGAAGUUUUCAUUCACAUAGAGCCUUGGCUUUCAAACAUUACACUCGAUGUAAAAGACCAGCAAAGUGAUAUGAAGGGAGCCUAUCAUUCAAAGAGUAAUGUAUCUUCCAAUGAUAAAGAUAUUGAAGACAUCAUCUAUGGAUUGUUAGCAGCAAAAUAUGCAGAGCAAAUGGUUGUUGAGCGCAUAACGUCUCACAUUCUGCAAGGCAAGACUUUACUUCAAGUGGAAGUAUCUAUGCCCCCAGAUGUAUUAAUUAGAGAUGCGAUAAAAUUGGCAAAAGAUGCACAGGGGCACAUUAAGCCGGCAGUGUCGGAUGCUGUACAGGUCUGCUUCCAGCUACAGCUUGGUAGUGCUAUAAUCGAGAGCCGCAAUGUAUGAUAUAAUCAGGAGGAACAACAUGGUUUUAGUACGAAUAGCCAAUAGGUUUAUACAUAGCAAUCAGCUUUUUUUUUUUUUUUUGACAAAUAGGAGCACUUAAAAUUGUAUUGUGCUAUAUGGGACCAAAUUAUAUAGAAUUUCAGCAAUUACUUGACCCCUUUAGUCCUUUACUGUCGAGGAUUCUCAAGCAAGCACCAGAAGCAAGUAAUUUUU